ACGCAGUCCGCGUCGAGCCGCUUCCACAGUCGCUUCCGCUCCUCCUUCAAGUCCGUUGCUCGCGAAUUCCCGGUGAAAAGUUUUGUUCAAAGUUUCGCGUUGCUGUGCCUCAUGUCGGCCAGAUGCUAAUUACUGCAGACUGACUAAUAUAUAUAUAUAUAACGGGAGCUAUGUUGGUGAUCAGCGCGUUGAAACAGGUCGCGAACGCUGCCACUAAUGCGGUCCAUUCGGCCACCGGUAACGUUACCGGACACAGUAAUUCCGGUACACCCUCGACUCCGAUAAUGCCAGGCGGAACACCCGGUACACCAUCCUCUAAAGCCAAGGAAAAGAUAAUGCUGCGGACGAAAGUCGUGGUGGCUCUGUAUCCUUUCCGCGCCAUCGAAGGCGGCGAUUUGUCUCUCGAGAAGGGUGCGGAGUACGAAGUUCUGGACGAUUCCCAGGAACACUGGUGGAAAGUUAAGGACGAGAACGGAUCGAUCGGCUACAUCCCCAGCAACUACGUUAAAGAGAAGGAACUACUGGGACUGCAAAAAUAUGAGUGGUACGUAGGUGAUAUGUCAAGACAACGCGCAGAGUCAUUGCUGAAACAAGAAGAUAAGGAAGGUUGUUUCGUCGUUCGUAAUUCAUCGACCAAAGGGCUUUACACUCUCUCUCUUUACACGAAAGUGCCACAUCCUCACGUGAAGCAUUAUCAUAUCAAACAAAACGUCCGCAAGGAAUUUUACUUGUCAGAGAAGCACUGUUGCGGAUCCAUUCCUGAUUUGGUGAACUAUCACAGACACAACAGCGGCGGUUUGGCCAGCCGACUAAAGACCAGUCCCUGCGAUCGUCCCGUACCACCAACUGCCGGUCUUAGUCACGACAAGUGGGAAAUCGACCCGGCGGAAUUGCAUUUGUUGGAGGAGCUCGGGUCCGGCCAAUUUGGAGUUGUGCGGAGAGGAAAGUGGCGCGGCUCCAUUGACGUUGCCGUGAAGAUGAUGAAAGAGGGAACCAUGUCUGAAGACGACUUUAUAGAGGAAGCUAAAGUAAUGACAAAAUUGCAACAUCAAAACCUAGUCCAACUGUACGGCGUCUGUAGCAAAGAUAGACCAAUAUAUAUUGUUACGGAAUACAUGCGACAUGGAUCUCUUCUCAACUACCUCCGUCGUCACGAGGCCUCAUUAGGCGCAAACGUCGGCCUCUUGUUAGACAUGUGUAUACAGGUUUGCAAGGGAAUGGCAUAUCUUGAGAGGCAUAACUACAUACAUAGAGAUCUUGCUGCGCGCAACUGUCUGGUGGGAUCCGAAAAUGUAGUAAAAGUCGCAGAUUUUGGUUUAGCUAGGUACGUGCUCGAUGAUCAAUACACCAGUAGUGGAGGCACUAAAUUCCCCAUUAAAUGGGCGCCGCCGGAAGUGUUGAACUAUACGCGCUUCAGUUCGAAGUCGGACGUGUGGGCAUACGGAGUACUUAUGUGGGAGGUGUUCACGUGCGGAAAGAUGCCUUACGGUCGUCUAAAGAACACGGAAGUCGUUGAGCGUGUACAACGAGGAAUCAUUCUGGAAAGACCCAAAGCGUGCUUCAAGGAAGUAUAUGAGGUAAUGCGCAAAUGUUGGGCACACUGUCCGGAAGUGCGACCGUCUUUCCGUGUUCUGAAGGAACAGCUGAUCAGCGUAUCUCAAGGACUGGUCAACGAUUGACUCAACCUUCUGCGGUGUAUGCGCCUGUCCUCACCCUCCUGUCGCUCGAGCCGAUCGACGGCGAAGUCGUCGUCGCCGUCGUCGGAACGAUCGUCUUCCGCAACUCUACCUUCGUCGAAUCUGUCAUAUAACUCAGCAACGUUGCCGUCGCGCAAGAACCGCGCACCAGCCUCCCCUCCGUCUACCACGAUCGGUUUUCCUCAUCAUUUCUCGUCGGCCGCGUGUAAAUCAAAAGGAGAGGGCUCCUCGUCGCCGAAUACACCCGGGCAUCAAACUAGUCAAGAAAAACCAUCCUCGAGCUCGACUAAUAGCGUGUGUGACAUUUGCAGUUCCUACGGACAUCCGUGGAUCGAAAUAUGCAAGGCGAUACGAGCCACUAAAGGUAAAUGAGUAAAUAUGUGCAUGUGGUACGCGUGUGUGUGUACGUGUAAUUAAGUUUACACUACUCUGUAUCGCGUCUAUUACACAAUUAGUGAGCCGUACGGAGAUACGGUUUCUAAACCCUCGUAAAAGCGUAAAUGCUCAUCUCCUUCCUCUAUCCCUCUCCGUAUAUCUCUGGGAUGUACGCUCUGAGAUAUGUUUCUGAGAGUGUUAAAAUGAUGUUUCUUCUGACACAAUGGGAUGCGUGAUAUUAUUGUGUGUUUCACAUACUAUUUUUCCCAUAUACUUUUUAGACUUUUACUUCUGUAUCGUCAUAUAAAUACAUUUAUAAAUAGAA